AUGGAGGAUUAUCAUGUUGCCAAGUUUGUGCAGAUUCAAGGACAUGAAUUAGGGCUUUUCGCUAUUUAUGAUGGCCAUUUGGGAGAUAGUGUGCCGGCAUACCUACAGAAGCAUUUGUUUUCCAAUAUCCUGAAGGAGGAAGAGUUUUGGGUUGAUCCCAACAGAUCUAUCUCAAAAGCCUAUGAGAGGACUGACCAGGCAAUUCUCUCUAAUAGUUCUGAUUUGGGGCGAGGAGGUUCUACAGCUGUGACUGCAAUCUUGAUAAAUGGCAAAAGACUAUGGGUAGCUAAUGUUGGAGAUUCAAGAGCAGUUCUUUCAAGAGGGGGCCAAGCAAGACAAAUGACAACAGAUCAUGAACCCAACACUGAACGAGGCAGCAUAGAGAACAGAGGUGGCUUCGUUUCAAACAUGCCAGGAGAUGUCCCUAGAGUUAAUGGGCAGCUGGCAGUUUCUCGUGCUUUUGGAGACAAGAGCCUUAAAUCACAUCUGCGAUCUGAUCCUGACCUGCAAGAAACAGACAUAGAUAACAAUACAGAAGUUCUUGUAUUGGCUAGUGAUGGUCUUUGGAAGGUUAUGUCAAAUCAAGAGGCUGUUGAUAUUGCGAGGAGGAUCAAAGACCCACUGAAAGCAGCCAAGCAGUUAACAGCUGAAGCAUUAAAAAGAGAGAGUAAAGAUGACAUAUCUUGUGUUGUUGUUAGAUUUAGGGGGUAG